CAUAAGUAGGAUCCCCGCACGACCCCGCAAGCAACUCCCCAAGCGGGCAUCAAUCUGGACAUUCAUCCCCAAUGGCAUUCUCCUACGUAGCCACCGGUUCCAUCCUGUUCUUCCUCCUCCUGGCCGUCGUCGACGCGGAGCCAACGCCUCCGUCCCCUGCGGCUGCGGCGACGGCGCCGUCGACAGGGUCGCUUUCCCUGCAGGACGCGUGCAAGCAUACGGCGGAGCUCUACGACCUGUGCAUGGCGACGCUGUCCCCUGACAGAGACUCGGAGACGGCGGACGCGGUGGGGCUUACCCGGGUGGCCAUCCUUGCGGUCCAGAAGAACGCGUCCGAGACGGUCACGUUCCUCUCCAGCAUCGACGAUGACGAGAGCCUCAACAAGACGGCCGAGCUGCAGCAGUGCCUCGAGGACUGCGGGGAGAGGUACGAGUCGGCGGUGGAACAGCUGACGGACGCGACGAUGGCGCUGGACGCGGGGGCGUACAAGGAGUCGCUGGCGCUGGUGGCGGCGGGGCAGGCGGAGGUGAAGCUGUGCCAGAGGGGGUGCCAGGCCGUGCCCGAACACAAGAAAAUACUCUUGGCGCGCAACACCGAGGUCGACCGCCUCUGCACCAUGGUGCUCGCUCUUGCCACGCUCAUCCGACGGUGACCGCGCGGCCUCUGCGGCACCAGCAUGGCAUGCAUAGCCUUUUUUUUUUAUGCUCGCGGUAAUUUAGGCUAUGAUGACAAUUGUCUUUGAAGAAUGUAAAUUAAGAAAAGAACCACGACAUCAGGUCAUGUUAGGUAUUGUUGGUUUGUUUUAGUGAUGUGGGUAAGAGGCACGAAGUACAUAUCUUGAUUAAGAAAUUACAGUUGAAACUCAGAAAAGGCAUGACUAUCAUAAAC